UAUACGAAAAACUCUUAGAUAAUCUUUUUCCUGCUUAAUAAAUUACAAGUGCUAUUUGAAUCUAACAUGUGUGCGGAUGUGAAAUUGCAAGAUAUCGAUUUUAUGGAGGAAAUCGUGAAAGAUUAUGGCUCCAUAGUGAGAAAGGCAACAUGGCAUAAGAAAGAAAUUGCCGUUAAAAUCUAUCCCUAUGUUCUGAUUGACUAUAAAUGGUUCAAGAGCAGAUAUGAGCAGUUAUUGAAUGUCGAUCAUGAGAAUCUUCUCAAAUUUUAUGGCACAGCCGAGAAACCGGGUAAAGCAAUGGUCCUUAUGGAAUUUGCGGAAGGUACAUCGCUCUAUACUCACAUUCACUGGGCCGGAGUACCAAAUUACGUACCAAGAGAUGCAAUCAAUUGGAUGCUGCAGUUUGCCAGGGGUGUUGGAUUUCUACAUGCUCUGAAGCCAAAACCCAUAUACCACGGUAAUUUAAAGCCGCAGAAUUUGUUUUUGACGAACAACCUUCGCUGCCUGAAGAUCGGCGAAUUGGCCAGCGGAGCUGAAGAGAGCUGCAACGAUUAUGCGCCGCCAGAGACUCGGCGAAAGAAACAAGCCUAUCUGAAUGAAACUCAUCUCAUACGUAUGCAAACAUACUUUCUAAAUUCCAUAGAACACUACUACACCGAACAGUAUGAUGUAUAUAGCUUCGGCGUGGUGCUCUGGGAAGUGUUGUUCUAUAUGUCAACGCUGGAUACUGAUAUGCCCGGUUUCAGCGAGUUAAACUCUCUGAUUGCCCGAUGUCGAGAUGAUAACAAGAACAAGCGACCCACUAUGGAGGACGUGAUCUUGAACCUCAACAUAAUUGCAAGACUGUAUUAUGAUAUGGAUUUUGAUUUGGAAACGACAACCGCAAAUGUCUCUGAGAUGCAAUUGGGUGAGGUAAUGGGACAAGGCUCCUUCGGUGUUGUUGUGCGAGCCAAUUUAUUUGAUAUUGAAUUGGCGGUGAAAAGAAUUCAGAAGGGUGCCGAGAAUGGCAAAUGGAUUGAGAGAGAAGUGCGGCAGCUUUUCCGAGCUAACCAUGAGAAUAUUAUCAAAUUCUUUGGCUCCACGGAAGAUGCUAAUGGCAAUACAUUGAUUCUCAUGGAAUAUGCCGACUGUGGCUCACUUAAUAACUAUUUGCACUGCAAUGGCGAUAAGAAGCAUAAGUAUACGCACAAAACUGUGCUCAAUUGGAUGCAACAGCUGGCCAAGGGUGUUGCAUACCUGCACGAUAUGACACCAAAGCCUGUCAUCCAUCGCGAUCUGAAGCCGCACAAUUUGUUGCUCGUCAAUGCAUUUCGCACCUUGAAGAUAGCCGACUUCGGAACGGUUCGGGAUCAGGCCACUUUGAUGACGAAUUGCAUAGGCACUCCAGCAUAUAUGGCGCCCGAGGUUGCGCUGGGCCAAUGGUAUACAGACAAGAGCGAUGUUUAUAGCUUUGGCAUUGUGCUCUGGGAGGUGUUGGCACGAAAGAAGCCCUUCUAUCACCUGGAACAAAUGAGUUCACUGGCCAUCAUCCAUUUGGCCGUUAGCGGUGAGCGUCCUCCACUGCAGGAUAUUCGUAAUAUUAAAUAUUGUGAGCACUAUAAGUCUUUGAUUGAAAGUUGCUGGAUUCACGACCAAACGCAACGAUUGUCUAUGAAAGACAUAAUUGGAUUACUCAAUUAG